UAGUCACAACUCGGUAGCGAUGUGAGACGGACGCAAACCCUCUUUCGCUACUCGCCUCUAGACUCACCAAACCGCGAACCGCGAAUUUGGGGCAGCUCUAAUCCAACCGUCUCUUUUACGCUAAUCAGGAAACGCAUGCGUCCCUUUCUAACGCGUUCGCUCACUGCAGUUUCUACAUAUUCAAUGUUUACAUUCUGCUAUCAGGUGAUGAAUGAAAACAUUAGCAGUUGCUUUGAUAACUCAUUCGUGUCGCACGUGUGCUGUUAGGCAUGCAGAAUAUAGUCACGUACAGGUGACAAGUCCUCCACGAUGCCUGUACUACGCAAUGCUGAUCAUCCCGCUGUCAAAACACCUGACUCAGUGGCAGCGAGGUAUGCGGUCGCUGUGCUCGGGUCGUGGGCGGCCGAAACUGCGACAUACCCGUUCGACUUGACCAAGACAAGGCUACAAAUACAAUCGGAAGUGGCAGCCGCUAAACACGGUUACAAGCUGGAAAAUCACGGUAUGAUCAAAACAGCAGUGGGUAUCGCCAAACAAGAGGGAAUUCUGAAAUUAUGGAGCGGUCUCAUGCCGAUGUUCCAACGGCACGCGAUUUACUCCGGAUGCCGUCUCAUCUUCUACGAACAUUUCCGGAACAUGAUGAAAGAUGAAAACGGAAAGGCUUCCCUGGGUGCUGCUUCAUUGGGUGGUUUGGCGGCUGGUUCGCUGGCACAGCUGAUCGCUUCCCCCACGGAUCUCGUCAAGGUGCAAAUGCAAGCCGAAGGCAGAAACGUAUUGCAGGGUAAAACGCCACGUUUCAAGAACUGUAGACAAGUUUACGCAAUGCUGUAUGCUGAAAGCGGGAUUUUGGGAUUCUGGAGAGGUGCAAUACCAAACGUACAACGCGCAGCAUUGGUCAAUAUGGGAGAUUUAGCAUCAUACGACUAUACCAAGCAGUUCCUAAUGCGUGAAUUCGGCAUGGCUGACACCAUGCUGGUGCACGCGGCGGCUGCCUUCAAUGCGGGAUUUGUGGCAGCCGUUCUAGGAACACCUGCCGACGUACUUAAAACUCGAUUGAUGAAUCAACCCGUUGGGCCGGAUGGAAGAGGAACGCUGUAUCGUGGUAUGAUUGAUUGUCUCCAACAGUCUGUGAGAAACGAAGGGGUGCUAUCACUGUACAAAGGGUUCUUACCCCUGUGGAUGCGACUCGGCCCUUGGGCGCUUAUAAAUUGGAUUGCGUUUGAAAACAUCAUGCUUGCUAUAGGAGGAAAAACGUUCUAGAACGUUCGUUUAUCUUAUGUUCCGUGCACUAUAUUUUAAAUUGAAAUAGUGACGUAGGUGCUUUGUUUAUUAGAUGUGUAGUAUAGCUAAUUAGCCAAUGCUUAGCUAACCUUAAAUUACUUGAGGUUAGGGAAAAGGACUUAAUAUGCCAUUUUACCUUGAGAAAAUGGUUAUUUAUUCGAUCCGAUGUUUCUUUUUUAUAUUCGCUCCGAAAUUCGGAAUCUUUGUAUUUUAGGAAAAAAAAUUAGGGCAGAUCUCGCCAUUAGAGGUUUGUCUUGUGAUAUUGUCGUCGGUUUUAAUUUAUUAUAAACACAUAUUCGAUAUUUUAUAGGAUAUGUUUUUAUUUAUUUAUUGUCUUGUUGAACGAGCUUACGAAGCAUCCGGUGUUAAAUGUUUAUCGAAUUCAAUGGACAUCACAACGUAAUGACACUUCUCACCUUGAGAAAUGAGGACAUUUAUGUCAUUUAUAACAUAAAUUUGAUUAAAACAGGUGAGAUUUAUAUAAUAUUUAAUUACGAUUCAAUUUUGAAAACAAAAUUUUACAUAUUUUUUCUUUACCUCCUCUGCAAUGUUCAGUAAUAUAAACAAAAGGAAGGAAUUUAUCAUGACAAUAUCAAUUUUGUAUGAAUAUUAAAUACAUUGUUAAAAGAAAUUUAAUUAAUCACAUAGAUUGCUUUGUAUGCAUAGAUAUUAUUCACAUGAUAUGUCGUUUUUGGCAAUAUUUUUCUUGUAUACCUUUAUUAAAAAACAAAUAUUCACACAGUUUAUUGGAGUCGUUGUCGUAAACGAAGCUUGCCAUUCCAACUAUAAAGCGACGUUCGGAAAAUUGUACCAGAUUAAUUUCAUUACUAUUUUUCACACUGCACGCAAUGUAACACAAACAAGUCAAGUGUCGCACAUGACUCGGUCCUUUACGUUCCAUUGCGGCUUUGCCAAUCCGCUAAAGCGGUUAAAUCUUUGAAUGAAUGAAUACUUUUUUUUACGUUGUAUUUUAUAGUAAUAACUACUAUACUACAAAUCAUGUUUUAUAUCCAAUUCUAUGAAUUUUCAUAUUUUGAACUUCAAACAAAACAAACGGGCAAACGGGCCACUAGUUGGUAAAUCGACGCCGAUAAUGGACAUUAGCAAUGCCAGGAACCAAAUUACUAUCAAUAUUAUUUCUAUAUACAUACAUGUUACUUUAUAUUAUAAAGCAAUCGAUUGUUACCAAAGAUUUUGAAUAUGUUGUUUCGUGAAUUUUUAACAUCGAAUCAAAAAUAAUGGUGCUAAAAUAUAUAAUUAAAUUUGUUGAUUACGCCUUAAACAAUUUAUUUUUACGAACCGAAUUUUGUUAAUUUCAAUAAAAAAAUUAAUAAAAAUUACAAUAAUAGGUACUAGCGAAAGAUUUACUAUUAUACAUUUUAUACAUUAACAGUGCUUUUAGCAAUUAUAUUUACACAAAUACAAACUGUGAUUCAAUCAUUGUUGAUGAUAGCGUAUCGUUUAUUUAGUUGUAAGCAGAUAUAUUUUAUUUAUAGACAUUUAGGUCAGUGGUAAUUGUUGAAAUGUUUACGUUCAAGAGCUGUAAUGGUUAAAUAAAUGUUCAAAUAAACUAUUAAUAUAGA